UUUGUAUGGUGUGGGAUCUCUUUGUUGGUUCUGUUCUUGUUCUCUACUCAAGAGAGAGAGAGAGAGAGAGAGAGACUUCAGUUUUAACUUUUUAAGAUCUUCUAAAGGUAAGCUAUGGUGGUCGUUUCCCUAUCUGAUUAUUCAUCAUGAUUUGUGUUCUUAGUUUUCUCUCUAAAAUAAACGAAACCCAGUUCCAAAAACCUGCAAAAAUUUUCAAAGCUUUCAUCUUUUACAGUAGCGUCUUUAUUUCUUCAGAGUGAAUCAGUGGGGUUGUCUUUGUUUCUUUUUCUCCCUUAAAUUUGAAAACUAUUUUCUGUCUCUUGUCAGUCUUUUUCAACUGUUUAAUCGUCACGCGAGAAAGGGAGAGAAAAACCAAGACAAGACAGUGAUAGAAGGAAAACGAAAGCCUUGCAUUAAAGGGGAUGUUCUUUUGGAAAGACAAAAAAGUGUGUGGUUUUUUGUUUGGUUUUUAACAGAAGGCAGAAGAAAAGAAAAGGUAAGAAAUUUAAUGAAGUGGGUUUCACUUUGUUUUCUGUUCUUGUUUCAUUUUUCAAACUUAAAUUCAUAGCCAAUUCUUGGGGGGGGGGGGUUUCCGCAGCUUAAACCAAAUAGAAAUGAAGGAAUCAGAGAAGAGCUUAGAUCCACAACUAUGGCAUGCAUGUGCUGGAUCCAUGGUUCAAAUUCCACCAUUGAACUCCAAAGUUAUCUACUUUCCUCAAGGCCAUGCCGAGCACUCUCUCUCCGCCGUUGAUUUCCCGUCGUCUCCUCGAAUCCCAGCCCUUGUCUUUUGCCGUGUGGCUUCCCUCAAAUUCAUGGCGGAUACUGAAACAGACGAGGUAUUCGCCAAGAUCCUCCUAAUACCGUUUGCCAACACCGAGCUCCACCUCGAAGACGAUGCCGUCUUGGGCGUCGGCUCUAACGGGUCCGAUAAUGUUGAAAAGCCUGCUUCUUUCGCUAAGACAUUGACCCAAUCCGAUGCCAACAAUGGCGGCGGUUUCUCAGUCCCGAGAUACUGCGCCGAAACCAUUUUCCCACCUUUGGAUUACACCGCCAACCCUCCGGUUCAAACUGUGAUAGCCAAGGAUGUCCAUGGCCAGACGUGGAAGUUCAGGCAUAUUUAUAGAGGGACUCCGAGGAGACAUCUCUUGACCACCGGGUGGAGCAAUUUCGUGAACCACAAAAAACUCGUCGCCGGGGACUCGAUCGUGUUUUUAAGAUCCGAAAACGGAGAACUCCGUGUCGGGAUUAGACGAGCGAAGCGACCCGAAAACGGUAACUGUGGAAGCCCUUAUGGAGGGUUUCCGGCUUUGACCCGGAAUGCGAAUUCGAGUUUUGGUGGGAAGGGAAAGCUGAGGGCGGAGGCUGUCGCCGAGUCGGUGGCGCUUGCUGGCAGUGGUCAGCCGUUUGAGGUUGUUUAUUACCCGAGAGCAAGCACGCCGGAGUUUUGUGUUAAGGAGAGUGCGGUGAAGGCGGCAAUGAGGGUUCCUUGGUGUAGUGGUAUGAGGUUCAAGAUGCCAUUCGAGACGGAGGAUUCUUCGAGGAUUAGUUGGUUCGUAGGAACUGUGUCUUCGGUUCAAGUUGCCGAUCCCAUUCGAUGGCCGAAUUCGCCAUGGCGGCUUCUUCAGGUAACAUGGGAUGAACCAGAUUUGCUGCAAAAUGUUAAACGUGUGAGCCCCUGGUUGGUUGAGUUGGUAUCGAAUGUGCCCUCCAUCCAUUUGUCGCCAUUCUCGCCACCGAGAAAGAAAUCGAGGCUUCCCCAACACCCAGAUGUUCCCUUCAACGGACAAUUUCUGAUGUCAGCAUUUUCAAGCAGUUGCAAUCCCCUUGGGACUGGCAGUCCGUUAGUUUUAUCUGAUAACGCUCCUGCAGGCAUACAGGGAGCCAGGCAUGCUCAAUUCGGAUUAUCUUUAUCCGAUCCCCAUCUUAAUAGUAAACUGCAGUCUGGACUGUUUCUGUCCAGUUUCCCAAGGCUCGAUCCGCACUCUAGAAUUUCUGAUGGCAUCACGAUGGCGAGGCACCCUAAUAGUAAAGAUAACAUCUCUUGCUUGUUAACAAUAGGGAACUCUAAUAUGAAGGAGAAAUCUGGUAAUGCCAGAAGUCACCAGUUUUUUCUUUUUGGUCAGCCUAUACUUACCGAACAGCAGCUCUCUCGUAGUUAUUCUAGUGAAGCCGUCUCACAAGUUAUUAACGUGAAGAGUUCAUCAGACGGCAAUGCCGACAAAACAAAAGAUUCUUCUGACGGUUUGCGACCGUCUCUUGAGAAUCGAUUGAUGUCUCCUGAGAAGUCAUCUACUGCUGGAUGUUUGUGGCACCAGGAUUAUAGGAGCAUGGAAACCGGCCUCGAAAUCAGCCAUUGCAAGGUAUUCAUGGAUUCGGAGGAUGUCGGACGAACUCUUGACCUCUCGGUUCUUGGCUCUUAUGAACAGCUAUACAGAAGAUUGGCUAACAUGUUUGGAAUAGAAAGAUCAGAUAUUUUGGGCCGUGUGUUGUAUCGAGAUGCGACGGGUGCUGUCAAACAAACUGGAGACGAACCAUUCUGUAAAUUUAUGAAAACAGCCAAAAGAUUAACAAUAAGGAUAAAUUCAAGCAAUGAAGCUGUUGGAAGGUCUUGGCUUCCCGGGAUUCGGACUGCUGAUAACGGGCUAGAAGGGUCGAACAAAAGAGGUCCUUUAAGCAUAUUUGCAUGAUCCAGGAUCGAUGUGGGAAAGUGAGGAUGGAUGGAUCAUUGAAGAAUUUAUAAAACAAGAUAAAGACUUGUUUAGCUCCUCUUUAGGGAUGUCUAAUGUCUUCAAGUACUUUUGUUGAAAAAGAACAUUGAUGUUUGAUGUGUUUUAAAAAUGCAUUUGUAAGGGAUUCUCUUAUUAUGCUUUCA